ACCCUCUCUCUCCCUCUCUCUCUCUCUUCCCUUCUGUUUUUGCUCUCACAAAAUGCUUCUCAAAGCUCCGGCGUCUUCCCUCUCCCUGAUCCUCUCUCCUCAGCGCCAUGAGAGCUCGAUGGUCUCGAGCUUUCCCUCUUCGUUGAGAGUUGGGAGGUGGAGAGAUGGUGGGUCCCCUUUUGUGGCCAUGGCGGCGGCUAACAACAGCGCGCUCACUGGGGUUGUGUUUGAGCCCUUCAAGGAGCUGGAGAGUGAUUUGAGCAUAGUUCCUACUUCCCCUCAUGAGUCGUUGGCUCGUCAGAGGUUCGUGGAUGAGUGCGAGGCCGCGAUCAAUGCUCAGAUCAAUGUUGAGUACAAUGUUUCUUACGUCUACCAUGCCAUGUUCGCCUACUUCGACCGUGACAAUGUUGCGCUCAGAGGCCUGGCCAAAUUUUUCAAGGAAUCCAGCGAAGAAGAGCGAGAUCACGCAGAGAAACUAAUGGAGUACCAGAACAAACGUGGAGGCAGAGUGAAGCUUCUGUCGAUAAUGACGCCCAAUACUGAGUAUGAUAACCCUGAGAAAGGAGAUGCACUGUAUGCAAUGGAGCUGGCUCUAUCUCUUGAGAAAAUUACAAAUGAGAAGCUCCUCAAUUUACACACUGUAGCAGGUCAAUGCAAGGAUCCUCAGCUUACAGAUUUUGUGGAGAGUGAAUUCCUUGGAGAGCAGGUUGAAGCCAUAAAGAAGAUAUCUGAAUAUGUCGCGCAAUUGAGAAGGGUCGGCAAGGGGCACGGGGUUUGGCAUUUUGAUCAGAUGCUUCUCCAUGAAGGCGCUGCUGCUUAAGGAACAGAGUUAUGUGAUGAUGGGUUUCCGCUUAAAAGAGUUAUGCUUGUCGAUAAUCCUUUCGAAGUUGAUGUAGUAGUAGUGUAGGUUAUCUGGGUAGAUAAAGAGUAUGUGGGCAUAUUUGUAUGGACUUUGUCGGUGAAUCUUGCAAUUUGGAAGCGGAAAUGAUGCGACUGCUGUUGUUGCUAGUAUCUGUAUUGCUUCAGUGAUCAUAUAAUGUUCUAGAUUUCAUCAAGGUGAUAUCUUAUUGCUUGCA